AUGCCUUCUUGUCGGCUACAGCGCAGGCGCAGGGCCGUGUACUCUCGCAGCAGAGUGUCGCCUGCAGCCAGCUCCAAGUGGCAACGCCUCAAACAGGCAGUUCCGGGCAAAGCCUCGAUCACCAAACUGGUUCCCCAGAUUCUCAAGGAACCUGACGGAGGACUAAAUGUUGCAGCUAGACGGACGAUUUUCGGUCAUGCACGGAACAUCCUGCAAAGCCGGUCUCCAGUCGAUCGACAGGAGAAGAUGCUGAUGAUUCGGGCAGUCGUAAGAGGCGCGAAGAACCAUAACCAGCAAGAGGGCUUCGUGACGGCCCUGCAUCAGAACGCUGAACAGAAGAAGCAAGAACGGCUUCGUCAAGAAGAAGAAGAAGAAGCCGAGCAAGGCGUCGCGUCCCUUGAACUCGACAUGUCCUUGCAGCCCUGUGCCUUGACUCCGUCAGACCUACUCGAGGAGGCGAUUCAACAGGCAGAAAAGCUGAAAGAAAUAGCAGGGGAUGCUGAGGCCGAUGAGUUUCUUCAGGAUAUGAACGAAGCAGUCGACAGCUGCGUCCGCAUGUUGGCUGACUUGAAGGCUGCACUGGAGGUCGAUUCAAAGAUUCUCAGGGAUGAAGUCGGAGCUAUGGACAGAAGCACAGCUCGCGUCAAGGCCUUGCUCCAAGAUCUUCAAUGUGAUGUGGAUUCCAUUCGGGAUGCUUUGCGCCAGCAGGCAGGCAGCCGCUCGCAAUCAGCAGAAAAGAAGAAGCAAGUCGAGGAGGCAAAGCGCAUUGCCUUCACCUUCUGUGAUGGUACAGAGAAGCUCUUGCAGUACACUGACGCAAAUCUGGAUGAGAUCUUCAUGAAGCGUCUUCUGUCUUUUCCAGAAGAAGCUGAAAACAAUGAGGAUGAUGCAGCAGCGGCCCGGCCAUCCCGUCAGACAAGCAUCGCGGGCGCGGCGAAUUUAUACGAGGUGUUCGCUGCAGCUCAAGACACAGUGGGAGAGUGCAAGGCUGGGCAGGCUGGGUAUGAGGGACCGCAAGCAGAGCAAGCAGAGCAAGCAAAGCAAGCAGAGCAAGCAGAGCUGGAGCGCUUGGAGCACGGAGACGAUCCGGACGCUGGCGCAUCAUUCGUAGCCGAGCAGGGACAUGAGGGACGAAGCUCAAUCUAUGGCGAUGCCAGUGGUGAGGAGGAGGAAGGGAUGGAGAUGGCACAGCAGUUGAAAGGGAUGUCAACGCAGGAAGAAUCUGGGUCGGAGACCGUUCGAAGUUCGCGCAGGAUCGAGCAAAUCGUCUUUCACCUAGAUGGAGAUGAGGCGCAGCAAGAUGAGUCACAAGGCGAUGCAUCAGAGGGUAACCCAAGCACCACGACGUCACAGGAGCGCUCACAUAGCCGACAUAGCCCGGCCACAAGAGCCAGGCCUGAAGGGUCGAUGAAGUCGAUAGGAGAGCCAGGCCUCUUCUGCCCUUCAGAAAGUGAAGAAGAAGCAGAAGAAGACGUGGUGGACGAGCAAAGCGCGCAGGCCGACCCAGCUGAGCCCUCUGAGCCCGAGCCAAGUCAGGAGUCUGGCUCUGACGCAGGGGCUGAGCUGUCCCAGCCGCCUGAGCUCGCUGAGCGAUCUGAGCUAUCGCCAGAUGGGGUGUCCGUCAAGGCCCCGAAGCAGCGACGGAAGUCCAAAUCCAACCCCAAGACUAAGAUUGUGGAGCCUGUGAUCAAGACCAGAAUCCAGCUGCUGCCGCCGGUGAGGCUUCCGGCCCUGACAAGUCGCAAUCGCAAAAACACCGGAGACCUGGACUGGACGAUGGAGGACCUGAACACGGAAGAGCUCACGUUGCUUACUGCAGUCAUUGAUGAAGACGAGCCUCACAACAGUCUUCAAAGUGUGAGCCACGAUCCAGCCAAAGAGCGUCUUUGGAAGUCCGUCUUUGGCUUGGAUGACAUGUCUCCCUCUGGCCGUCUCCCACAGAUCCAGCAGCUCCCACAGCUUUUGCACAAGGGGCCCGAAAGCCCUCGAGCUGGUACAUCUCCGAAGUGCAGGCAACUGGCUCAGAUGGUGGACCACCCACGAACGCCGCGAACGCCAAAAACGCCGCGAACACCGCGAACACCGCGGUCGCCUUUGCGGAAGGUCAAGCCAGGAAAAAGCGAAUCUCGCUCGGAUUAA